UGUGGCUCAGAUGGGCAGCUGCCAGCCUGGGAGUGAGAGCUGUUAGCUUUGUUCGUCCUAACGUUCCUGAAAAGGCAGUGAGGGCUGCAGGGGCCUUCCCUGAAGAGGAGGUCGUGUGAACUCAUGUACGUGGGAAAAAUGCAGCCUUAUUCAGAUUUCUAGUAUUUGUUAUUUUGCCUCUGUUACUCUGAGGGUUAAUGAUCAGUGAGAGACCUCGGGGAUCUAGAUCUGAGGAAUUGCACUGAAGAGGUAUGGGGGUUUGAGUUUCCUUUCGAUGGUUGCUGAUUAAGCUUGGCCAGUCCUUCUCCCUCGAGUGGAUGGUCCCAGGCGUCCUGGGUUUUGAACUCCCCUUCAUCAUCCAUACACAGGAACCAAUGGUAAAAUCCCUGGAAUCACAAUGAGACCUCUCAGAAGCAUUCACGUGCUUUGCGGUAUUGUCAUGUCAGUGCACGUCUGGGCUUCAGAGCUGCCGGAAGAAAGGGAGCUGAUGACCAACCUCUCCAACCUGUUUCUCAGAAAGGUCCCUGCAGACUUGACCCCAACCACGACCAUGCUGGAUUUAUCCUACAACCUCCUUUCUGAACUCCAGAGUCCAGAUUUUCGUUCUGUCUCCAGACUGAAAGUUUUGAUUCUGUGCCACAACCAUAUCCAAGAGCUGGAUAUCAAGACCUUUGAAUUUAACAAGGAGUUAAAAUACUUAGACCUGUCCUACAACAUGCUGAAGACCGUGACUUGGCACUCCCUGGCAGGUCUCAGACAUUUAGAUCUUUCUUUCAAUGACUUUGGUACCAUGCCCAUCAGCGAGGAGAUUAGCAACAUGUCUCGCCUGGAAGUCUUGGGUUUGAGUGGGGCAGAAAUACAAAAAUCAGAUUUCCAGAAAAUUGCUCACUUGCACCUAACUACUGUGUUUUUAGGGUUGAGAACUCUGUCUCAUUACGAAGAGGGCAGCCUACCCAUCUUAAAUACAACAAAACUUCACAUUGUUUUACCAGCGAACACAGAUUUCUGGGUUCUUUUGCGUGAUGGAAUCAAGACGUCAAAAAUAUUAGAAAUGACAAAUAUAGAUGGCAAGAGCCAAUUUGCAAGUUAUGAAACUCAAAAAAGUCUUACUUUAGAGAAUUCCAAGACAUCUACUCUGUUACUCAGUAAUGUUGAUUUACUUUGGGAUGACCUUCUUUUCAUCUUCCAGUUUGUUUGGCAUACGUCAGUAGAGUAUUUCCAAAUUGAACACGUGACUUUUGGGGGUAUGGUUUAUCUCAACCGCAAUUCAUUUGACUACUCAAACACUGCAAUGAGAGCUAUAAAAUUGGAGCAUGUACAUUUUAGAUUUUUUCAUAUUCCACAGGACAGUGUCUACUUGCUUUUUACCAAAAUGGACAUAGAAAACCUGACACUGUCAGAUGCACAGAUGCCUCACAUGCUAUUCCCUACUUACCCUACAAGGUUCCAGUAUUUAAAUUUUGCUGAUAAUAUCUUAACAGAUGAACUAUUUAAAAACCCUACCCAACUGCCUCAUUUGAAGACUCUCAUUUUGAAGGGCAACAAGUUGGAAACACUGUCCUUAGUGAGCAGUUUUGCUAAGAACACAUCCUUGCAGUUCUUGGACCUGAGCCAAAAUCUGUUACAACAUGAAAAUAAAGAAAAUUGUUUUUGGCCAGAAACCUUGAUCACCAUGAACCUGUCAUCCAACAAAUUUGUUGAUUCUGUUUUCGGGUGCUUGCCCACACGUGUUCAAAUACUUGACCUGAGUAAUAACCAAAUUCAAACUGUCCCUAAAGAGAUUAUUCAUUUGGAGUCUUUGCAAGAGCUGAAUCUUGCAUUUAAUGUCCUAACCGACCUCCCUGGGUGCAGUCAUUUCAAAAGACUCUCAGUUCUAAACAUGGAAAUGAACUUAAUUCUCAGUCCAUCUCCGGAUUUUUUUCAGAGCUGCCCAGGAGUUAAGACUCUAAAUGCAGGAGGAAAUCCAUUCCGGUGUACGUGUGAACUAAGAGAUUUCAUUCAGCUUGAACAAUAUUCCAAGGGCAUGAUGGUUGGAUGGUCAGAUUCAUACAUCUGUGAAUACCCUUUGAAUUUAAAAGGGACUCGGUUAAAGGAUGUCCACCUUCCCGAAUUAUCCUGCAACACAGCUCUGCUAAUUGUCACUAUUGUGGCGGCCAUGCUAGUCCUGGGGACGGCUGUGGCCUUCUGCUGCCGCUACUUCGAUCUGCUCUGGUAUGUCAGGAUGCUGGGCCAGUGGACACAGAUGUGGCACAGGGUUAGGAAGACAACCCGACAGCUCAAGAGAAAUGCCCAGUUCCAUCUGUUUAUUUCCUACAGCGAACAUGAUUCUGCCUGGGUGAAGUAUGAAUUGAUCCCCACUCUAGAGAAAGAAGAUGGCUCUGUCUCGAUUUGCCUUCCCGAGAGAAACUUUGACCCCGGCAAGACAGUUACUGAAAAUAUCCUGAACUGCAUUGAGAAAAGCUGUAAGUCCAUAUUGGUUUUGUCUCCCAGCUUUGUCCAGAGUGAGUGGUGCCAUUACGAACUCUACUUCGCCCACUACCCUCUCCUUGAUGAAAUUUCUCAUCACAUAAUCCUCAUCUUGCUGGAACCCGUUCCACUCUACUGCGUUCCAACGAGGUACCCAAGGCUGAAAGCCCUCAUGGAAAAGAAAGCAUACUUGGAAUGGCCCAAGGACAGGCGUAAAUGUGGACUUUUUUGGGCAAAUCUUCGAGCUAAUAUUCAUGUCAGUUCACUAGAAACCAGGGACACGUGUGAGCCACACACAUUCACAGAGUUGAAAGAAGAGUCUCGGGGUUCUGCCCUCUCUCUGAUAAGAACAGACUACAUAUGAAGCCCCGUUCUCCCUCGGGGAAAUUGGGGCCCGCAUGCACUGUUGGGAUUUAAGUCGAUACCACCUUUAUGAUGACAACUU